AUGUCGCAGGACAAGGCACCCGACCUCGUCCGGGCAAAAUCCACCCGCCGCAGCCCCGUCAUCCCCGUAUCCCUCACCGAAGCCUCCCUCGACUCGCCGACGUUUCGCACCUCCGCCGUCCAUUUCGCCGACCAAGUCGACGGCAUCGAGCGCUGGCUGGAAGGCUACCUCAAGACCACCUCGAAGCUCGCGCAAGACGUCAUCGCCCUCGACGAGUCCAUCAGCACCUACCUCCGCCAGCUCAUACCCACGCAAGCCGUCGCGGACAGCGUGAUCGACCACGAAUACACCCAGCUGGUCCUCAAGCGAGUCGGCGAUGGCGCCCGCGAUUACUGGACGCAGUUUCAGGGCUUCGCCCGCCGCAUGGACGUCGUGGCGGCGGACCCCAUCAGGACGUUUUUGCAGAGCGACCUCAAGGCGUUCAAGGAGGCGCGGCGGCUGCUGGAUAACGCGCAGCGGGCCUUUGACACGACGCUCGCGCGGUACCUGUCCAUGUCCAAGACCAAGGAGCCCUCCGCCCUGAGGGAGGACGCCUUUGCUGUUUUUGAAACGAGAAAGGUUUAUCUCAAGUCCUCGCUUGACUACUGCCAACUUGCCCCGAAGCUGAGGUAUACCCUGGACAAGUUGCUCGUGCGAAUCUCAUCCGACCUGUGGAGCUCGCUGAAGCAGUACCGCUGCGUUGCUACCAAUUCGCCUAAAUGGAACACGGAAAUCGACCGCGUCAAGGGUUGGUGCAAGGAUAUGGAGUCCUCGGAAAACGUUUUCAAGAGGGAAGUUCAUCUGGCGAGGAGGGAAAUUGGUGAGGCUACCCUUCUGACCUCCAAGCCAUCGCGGGACAUUGAGGACUACAGUUCCUCGACGGUAGCCUUCCUCAGCUCCCGUGGGCCCUCGUCUGCCAACGCGCCCAAGGAAGGCGAGCCCGUCAUCUCGGAGCGCCAGGGAUGGCUGUUCCUCAAGAUCGUGGCCGGGAAGCCGGUAAGAACGGCGUGGACCCGCCGCUGGUUCUACUGCCGUGACGGUAUCUUUGGCUGGCUUGUCCAGGCCCCGCAUGGCGUCCUCCAGGGCGAUGAGAUUGGCGUUCUUCUUUGCAACGCGAAGCCCGUGGUAGGCGAGGACCGGCGUUUCUGCUUCCAGGUCAAGACGAAGAGCCAGACCAUGAUCCUCCAAGCCGAGACGCAGGCUGAGCUCUCGGACUGGCUCGAGGUGUUCGAGGUAGCCAAGAAGCGCGCCUUUGAAGCCAGCGUGGAUAAGGGGGUGCCUCGGCCACCGGUGGUACGAAUCCGGCCUUCUCUAUCACGCCCCCGACCGUCCCCGAGUUCUCGGCCAACGUCCUCGACGCCAUCCUGGCCGGGGAGGACGGCAGCGGCGGGGUUAGCGCUCUCGCGCCCCCACGGAAAGCCUCACGCUCAAUCAGCGGUCGAGCUUCGACGUCAAUGGGCCGGCACGCCGCUCCAUCUCGAACCUCGGUCGAGAGCUGGCGAGGAGGAUGGUGAGAGUAAUAGGGAGCAUGCUGCCCGCAUCAUCCAGAAGCUUGACCUGCAUAGAAAAACUACAUUUGGCGCCACUCCGGAAAACACCGCGACGUCGUCCGGGGGCGCCGGCGGCAUCGCCAGCCUCAUCUCCGCGAGCCACAGCUUCCUGCCCGGGUCCGGCCUCGCACCCCCGUACCUAGCCCCUCCUCCGAUCCCGACCAACCUCAGCAGGCUCGCCGUUACCGUGACGGCCGAGCGCGGCCUGGCGCCCGACGUCUCGCGCACCAUCUCGGCGUACACGUCAACGAGCGCCGACUAUCACCGGCUCACCGACGUGGACGCGAGGCAAGUGGCUGCACUACGGCGGGGAAGUAGCUUUAGGAGCGAGAGAUCGGGCGGCGAUGCCGCUCCCGCCCCUGGGCCUCAUCACCCCGAUCGCCGUCUCCCCGAGAGGUUUCCUCCCGGGUACCCUCCCGAGCUCAAGUCUCAGCAUGCCCAGUUUAGACUGCUCUUCCCCAACGUUCCCAUGGACGAGAAGUUGGUUCUCAUCUUUAGGGCGACGUGGAUGAGCUCUGGGGAAAAGGGAUUCGAGGGGCCGACCCUUGCUGGCAACGGACGCAUCUACGUGACGCCUGACAACAUGUACUUUUACGGCCACCAGCUUGGCCUCGUUGUGGCAUAUUCCAUAGGGCUCGACUUCAUCGCCGAGGUCACUGCCCACGCCGGCCAAGACUGCGAUUUCAUCGUUUUACGGCUUGGCCAAGACUACAACGACACCGGUCUAACUCGCAUUACUAUCAAGACAUUCCUCGAGGAUGUCCGUCUCUUGCACGCCCGCCUCAACCUCUUGGUCGAUGAUCUACAGGCAGAGGAGCCCAUGGAGGCGGACGAGAUCGUUACGCAGCUCAUCUGCCUCGAGAGGGAAGAGCAGGAGAGGAGGAGCCCAAGUGUUGAUAGCUGGGAGGACGUAGGGUUUGAUGAUCUGUCCGGAAGUCAUCACUCGCCGCGACGCCACUUCCACGUGGAACGACACGGGGCGCGACCGGGCUUCCCGCGCCACCGACUGCGGAGCAAGGUCCACCUCCCUACGGCGCCGGUCGUGUACGAACCCGAAGACAUGCAGAUGAAGGUGGAGGAGCGGCAUUUUGAAGUAGGCGCCAAGGCAUGUUUCCACAUCAUCUUUGGCGACAAGAGUUUCAUCUUUCCCAAACUCUACUUUGACCGAAAUGCCCGAGAUAUUGUCCAAGGGCCGUGGACGCUGGCAGACGAGGGCCGCAUGAAGCGCGAGUUCACGUUCAAGGCCAACUCGGUCGACAUCCUCGGCCGGGCCAAGACGUGCGACGUGACGGACGUGCAGACGAUUGAUGUGCACCGCGACCACGUCACGUACGAGGUGACGCACGUCAAGACGGCGUGGCACCUCCCGCACUCGCAAUACUUCAAGAUCGUCACCAAGGUCGUCAUCACGCACGUGGCCAAGUCCAAGUGCAAGCUCGCCAUCUACAUCAAGACGGACUGGAAGAAAUUCCCCAGCUUCUCCAAGAGCAUCGUGGAGCGGCAAGCCCUCAACGAUGCCGAGGCCGACGCCGAAGAGCUCGCCGAGGCCGCGACGGACCAGGUCCGCCGCCUGGGCGCCCGUAGCCGGACCAAGCGCGCGAUUCAGGUGUACGGGCACGUUGGCCAAGAAUCGCAGCCCACGCCAUUCACGCCCGCAACGCACGCUGACUCGGCCAAGAAGCCGGCCGUGCAGCCACGCACGCUGACGGAGAUGGUGUACGAGACGCUGCGGUCGCUGGCGCAGAGCGCCGUCACCUCCCUCCUCAUGUGGGCCUUUGCCGGCCUCCGCGGCCUGGUCAAGGUGCUCACGGCCCACCGCGUCAUCCUGCUCGUCACGGGCCUGAGCCUCCUCGCCAACGUGCUGCUCACCUCUAUGGAGGGGUCCACGUGGUGGAAGGAGAGGACGGCGUCCCGGCUCAUGGGGCGGCUCGGCGUCGGGCCCAACGUCAUGAUGAGUAAGGCGGUCUACCUCGAGGACCUGGAGAAUGUCCAAGGUCCGUCAGGUGCCAACAUCACCUGGGCCGAAGACGGUAGUGCCUGCUUCGCCGCCUUCCGGUCCAUCAACGACGCCACGAGCCUCGACAUCCCCUACCAAGACGUGGGCGUCAACCUCUCCACCGCCUCGUCCCGCUCGACGGCCCAACGCCUCCGCCGCAUGCGCCAGCGGCUAGGCGCCUACCGCCACGACCUCCUCGUGGCCAUGCGCAUCGUCAACAGCGUCGAGCGCGAGAUGCUGCAGUCCGAGUGGGAGAAUUGGCUCGUGGACGAGAACGCGCGCUGCGGGCAGCUCCGGUCGGUGCUCAAGGCUGGCGGGACCGCCGAUGGUGCGGAGGGAGCUGCGGGCGGUGCUGCCGACGGGGAUAAGCGGGAAAGAGCCAAGGCGUGGGUGGAGGGUACUGCGGGAGCUGUUGGGCGGAUAUGGGGCUCCUGA